AUGUUCACAGCCACUGGCGGCGCCGCAGUGAGUGCAGCCACGCUCACUCUCACGCCUUCCCAGCCGUCCAAACAAGGAGGUGUGUUCCUGGCAGCCCGCGUGCCGCUCUUCUCCUACCAGCUCAUCGGGGACACCUGCGGCCGCCAGCUCGCCUUCUCCUCCUCCUUCUCCUUCACUCUCACCCGCCCUGCUGCCUCCGGCUCCGAAGGCUUUGCCUUUGUGGUGGCCUUUGAUGCCACCCCGCCCACAACACCAGUGGCGGGCGGCAUGGGGUAUGCGGGGAUGGGAGCGCGCAGCGUGGCAGUGGAGUUUGACACAUCCAAGGAUGCGGGCAACAGCGACCCUGACAGCAACCACGUUGGCAUCAACACCGGCGGCAGUGUCGUGUCGUUGGUCACAGCCAAGCCCGGCUUCCCCCUCAAUGAAGGCAAGCCCAAGCACGCCUGGAUCGACUACGACCCUUCCUCUGAUGGCUCCCUGCGCGUCUUCCUCUCCUCCCAGGCGUCCCCUCGCCCCACCAAGCCCCUCCUGUCGGCACGCAUCUCCCUGUGUGAGGAGCUCGCCCCAACCACAUCCGAGUACACCUUUGCCAUCGGCUUCACUGCUGCCUCCUCCACCCAGGCUCAAAGCCAUGUCGUCUCCGCCUGGACCCUCUCCACACGUUUUCCUAUCCAGCCAACUCCAGAUGCAUCGCUGGGUUUUACCUUCAGUGAGGCGGCGCUCUCUAUAUCGGGAAUGAAUCCCUUUUUCCGCUAUGCCAGCUCGGGCAGUGUUGCUGCACAGAAUGGCAAUGACGUGUAUGGUGUGCAACCUGCAGCGUCCUGGCGGGGGCAAGGGGCUAUUGACACUGCUGCCAUGCUACAUGGCGGUAAUACUGUGCCUAUGCCUGAUGCGUUUCCUCUAUACAACCGACUCAUGCAUUUCCUGGCAGGCGACUGCUGGGCGUAUGCAGUGGUGGGCAGUAUCGAGGCGGCAUACGGCAUAAUGAACAACACUGCAGCGGUGCAGGCACUCUCAGUGAAGCAGCUGAAGGCCGCCAUGAAGGUCGGCUGCUCUGGCAGCACGCCCUCUCAGGCCUUCCAGCUGCUGCUCAAGCUCGCGCAAAAAGGAGGCGGGCUCGUGUUGGAAAGCCAGGGGCCGGCCAAGAAGAAAGGCAAGAAGGCCGUCGGGAAGGCAGGCAGCAGCAGUCCUCUUUGCUAUCCGUUUCUGAAGCCACUGGGGAAGCUGUUCGGUGUGUCAUGUGGCACUGCUAGCCCACGUGUGAGUAGUGAACCUCGUAUCGCAUACCUCAUGCAGCCAACCUCGUCCAUACCUGUUUUUCACUUCCCCAAGCAGUCCCUUACUGCGUUCCCCAUCAGCGGCUUCGAGUCGACGUCCUUCUACGGCUGGUUUGGGCUGCUGCUGGCCGUGCAGCGGCAGCCAGUGGUGGUGCACAUUGAGGCUUCUGCCGACACGUUUAAGGAUUACAAUGGGCUGUCCAAGUACCAGGACCCAGCGUGCUUCACGUACAACCUGAACCACGUGGUGCUGCUGGUGGGGUACCGCCUGGUGGGCAAGGACUCGCGCUUCCCCCACAUGGCGCCGCCCUUCUGGAUCAUCCGCAACUCAUGGGGACCUGACUGGGGCGAUGGGGGCCACAUGCGCAUGGACAUCCAGGGGGGAGAUGGCGUGUGCGGCAUCAACUCGAUGCCAGGCCUCUACCCCGUGGUCAGAGCCAAAGACCCGUGCAACAAAGCGGCCCGCGGUGAUGGAAACGGUGGUUCUCUCUUCAAUCCGUGCGGCAAGUUCACUUGCACGGCGAAGGGCAAGACAAACGAGUGUGACUGCAACGACCCGCGCUUCAUCCAAGCAACCAACGCCGAUGGCUCUCGCACAUGCGCCUACAAGGACGCAUGCAAGGCAGCCCAGCGCAACCCAUGUGCGGUGGGGCAAUGUGUGAAUGACGGGGCAGGGUCGUUCUCGUGUGUGUGUCCACCGGGCUUCAGGCAGGGCACCACCUCCGAGGGCACUUACUCCUGUGCUCCAGGUGACACCAGCAACACCUACACCGUGCUCUCUCCCAACGUUCGCUGCUCCGACGUCUUCCCGGUCUACGGCCUCACGCUCGCCCAGUUCCAAGCCCAGAACCCAUCGGUGUCGUGUGCAGAACCCAUCCCACCCUCCACUGUGCUCAACGUGGCCAGCCCAGCCUCUCUCAUCCCCUGCUCCGUCUUCUACACCACGCAGCAGGGCGACACCUGUGCAGACCUAGCGUUGUAUUUCAAACUGCGCUCGUCCUGCCCAUCUGCCAGCUGCACGGCCAAAUUCCAGGCGCUCAACCCCAGCUUGGUCUGCAGCGCCAACGGCGGGCUGCUGCAGCCCGAGCAGGCGGUGUGUGUGGAGCGUACGAUUGAAAAAGUGGGGCUCAUCCCGGUGUGCUCGCAGUACUACCUGGUGCAGAGCGCAGAGACGUGCGAGUCCAUCCGCAACGUGCCCUUCCCCGCUCUGAGCCCCAUUGACUUCUUCCGCCUCAACCCCGGCAUCAAGUGCAACCGCCUCGUUCCGAAGACCGACGUCGACGGCUUCACUGGCUUUGAGGCAUGCAUUGCGAGCUCCACUUCCUACACUCAGGGCUUGUGCCCGCGCGCGAAUGCGUAUGUGGUGGGGACAGGCGACAGGUGCACGGCCCUUCAGGUGAAGUACUUUCGGGGCAUCAAGGGCUGCUACAGGAAAGUCAAUGGAUACGACUGCAUUGACAAGCUCGUCAAAUCAACCCGCGUGUGCCUGCCUGACAAAGUCAAGCUUCAGAAAGGAGUCUGCGACAAUUGA